GAGAGUGAAGCUCCAGCAGCUCCUCCACCUCCUCCUGCCGCUGCUCCUCCUGCCGCUGCUCCUCCUGCACCAAAAGCUGAAGAUAAAUCCAAACAAGAAGCUGAACCACCUCCGAGCAGCCCUCAGUGCAACAAACCGCCAUCGGAUUCACAAGAGGACCGGACGAGACUUCGGGUGCGUCCUGUCCUGCAGCGAGGCGGCAGCUCGGCCUCCCUCCACAACACCUCGCUGAGGAGCACCAUCUUCCAGCUGAUGAUCCACACGCUGGACCCUCUGGGAGAAGAUGGCGAUCUGAAGCCAAACACUGAGCAUGCCAGUGCUGCUGCCACUCCCGGUGCACCAGGGGGCGCUGCAGCCGAGCCGUCCACCUCACAGCCUCAAAAGACGGAAGAGACGAGCGAGAAGAUGGCCGAACAGCCAGACGAGUCAAAGGCGGCAGUGGGGGGAUCAGAGGGCUCAGAGGGCGACCGCAAGGAUGAGAACAGUGAUGAGGGGAGUAGCGACUCCGGUGAGGGUGAAGAUGAUGAUGACGACGACGACGACGAUGACGAAGAAGAAGAGGAGGAGGAGAAUGAGCCGCUGUCUUUAGAGUGGCCUGAAACCAGACGCAAGCAGGUCACAUAUCUGUUGCUGCUGCCCAUCGUGUUCCCGCUGUGGCUCACGCUGCCUGACGUCCGCAACCUGGCUUCCAGGAAGUAUUUUGUCAUAACGUUUAUCGGCUCCAUCCUGUGGAUCGGAGUCUUCUCCUACAUGAUGGUGUGGUGGGCUCAUCAGGUGGGUGAGACUGUGGGCAUCUCAGAGGAAAUCAUGGGCCUGACCAUCCUGGCUGCCGGGACAUCCAUCCCUGACCUGAUCACCAGUGUGAUUGUGGCCCGGAAAGGUCUGGGGGACAUGGCUGUGUCCAGCUCAGUAGGCAGUAACAUCUUCGACAUCACCAUCGGUCUCCCAGUCCCGUGGCUCAUUUACACUCUCUUACACAACGGCGAGCCGGUAGCCGUCAGCUCCAACGGCCUGUUCUGCGCCAUCGUGCUGCUCUUCCUCAUGCUGCUCUUCGUUAUCAUCUCCAUUGCCGCCUGUCGCUGGAAGAUGAGCCGAAUGUUGGGCCUCACCAUGUUCGCACUGUACUUUGUGUUCCUCGUCCUCAGCGUCAUGCUGGAGGAUCGCAUCCUCACCUGUCCUGUUUCCAUCUGAGCUGUACGGGCCCGAGGCAGAGAGCGAACACCACUGCUGCACAUACUGUACGUAGGAUAUGUUAGUAGAGGAACCAAGCCUAAUGUCAAAAGGCUGACCUGACACACAGUAGACACAGGGUAGAAACACAAAACUAAACAAGCAGUGAUGUUAAAGGAAAAAUCCACCCUCAAGAGUCUGAACAUUUUCCAGCAGCUACUUUGUGAAAACUGUGCUGUAACUGAAUUUAAUCUGUGUCCAAAAUCACUCCACAUUUAUUACGUAGUGCACUGUACUUACCUUCCGCCAUUUUGUAUGUUUCAAUUGCAGUGUUGGGCAGUAUAUUAGUUACCCCCCCAAAAAAAGUUAGUUACCACUGACCAUCCAUACAGCAUGAUGUUCAUUUAGUAAAUAAAGGUGUAAUUUAGAGUAAAAUAGACAAUAAAGCAGGGUAUGCUUUAGCCGGGGCUAUAUUAUUUAUUUUAUAAUUUAAAGUUAUGCAUAAGUGAAGACAGAUGUCUGUUUUCAGUAACCAGGCUUCAUUCAGCCCGCCUCAGCUCCACCCUCUGCUUAUUUGUUAAUUUUUACUUAUUUAAUGGGAGCCGGCAGAGUCAGGACUGCCAAGAUGGCGACGACCAGAGCCGACAAAGAGCUUCUCAACGACUGACGUCACAGAGACUACGUCCAUUGUUAAUGAUAAUGUGAGCUGUGACUGCUUAAUUAUCUACAGCAAAAACAGUUGUGUCAGAAAUGCAACAAACACUACAUCACCACCAGGUCUGCAACUUACUGUCUAAUUUCCUCAAUUAAUCGAUUAUUUGUUUGUCCAGAAAAUGGUGAAAAUGUUGAUCACUGUCGCCCAAUGUGAUGUCUUCAAAUGUCUUAUUUUGUCUUCAACCAAAAGAUAUUUAGUUUGCUGUCAUAGAGGAAAAAAGAAAACAAAACAUAUUCACAUUUUAAUGCUGAAAUCAGAGAAUUUGGAAAUUUUCUUUUAAAAAAAGUGAUUAAUUGAUUAUCAAAGUAGUUAGUGAUUGAUUUAAUAGUUAACAACUAAUCAGAAUCUGCUUUAAGCAGGUUUAUACAUACAAGGAAUUUGCCUUGGUAAGUUGGUGCAGAACAACAGUUAAACAUAGAAACAUACAAAUAGAGACAAUAUAUACAAAUGGAAAAGAGACAAUAUGUGCAAUAUGGCCGAAUGCUUAAAUAAAUGAGUGAAGAGCUGUACAGGAAUCUGCAAUUUAGCAGUGUGACGUAUGUUUGUGAUUUACAAAGAUAGAUUAAUCCACGAAUCGGCUAAUUGUUGCAGCUCUAAUCACCACUAGCUGUUUUAGUUGAGCAUGUAAGUGUUUUGGGGUGGAGUUUUCCUUUUUAACACUGUGAGCGUAAUGCUUCUGAAACCUGAGGUGACUUUAAUAGGUAAAUUAAUGAAAUACUUUAUGUCCAUUACAGCAGUGGAGGUUCAGAUUUCACUGUGCAGCAAAACCACUGGAUGCAACUUCAGUUUUAUAUGUCCACUAUUUUCUCAACUGUAUUCCUAAAACACUGUUCUGUAUUCAACCAAACUAGUGUUUGUUCAGUGUAGAAAAUAAUGUUCUUUUUUUUUGUGUACAAAAUAUUUCAUUUUGUCAACAUAACUGUGGUGGAGGGAAACAGUGGUUGUUUGUGUGUCAGGUAAAUGUGUAUCAGUGUUAUUAGCUGUGAGAAAUAAACCUGAGAGGUGUCCCGUUGUCAGAUGUCACCGUCUUGUUAAAUGCUCUUGUUGGAUUGAAGUGGAUGCAAACAUGUAUUAUUG